UUGGGAGUUUGUUCAUGUAGUUUUGUGGAGCGAAUCGCCCUAAAAGUUGUCGGCAGGCCCGGCGACGACGUUAUCUUCCCAUUAUCAACAUCAAGCAUUGGGUCCCAAUUUAAUGUCUCCUAUGUAUACACCAAACUUGUUCCGACCCAACCUGUUAGUGCUUGUUCUCGGAUCUCAAACGCCAAUGAUGUUCAAAACGGAAUCGCUUUUGUAAUCAGAGGUUUUGUGACGAAGGCCAGUUUUGCACAAGCUGCCGGUGCCGUUGCUUUCAUCUCUUAUGACUACCAAAACAACUCUGCUAGGAUUCUGAAUAUGUUACCUGACGAAUCUUCGACUAAAGUCUGGAUUCCUUGUGCCUUCAUGCAGGGUAGUCACGCCCAACAUCUACUGGAAUUGAUGGAAUUGGACAAUAAAACCUAUUUAGACGUAGACUUCCCAGUAGAUCGUACGGGCGCUCUUAUUAUCUUGGAUAAGUACUCGCCUAUGCGAUUGCGUUGA